AUGAGAUCGCUUCAUAUCUUGUUCAUCGUUUCCGUCGCAGUGCUUUGCCUGCUGUACAUUCCUUCGGUAGCUUCUGCGACUCCUGACCUAUUAGCACGUCACCAGAGACAUGGCGAAGUAUCGGAACCGCGGCGGAAUGGUAAAGGUUCAAAAGGAAACGGACAAGCAGAGGCUCAACGUGCCAACACGACAAAAAACGCGGGGAAAGGGGUUGAAAGAAAUCGGAACAACGGCAAAGGAAAGGGUUCGAAGGGAGGGAAAGGGCGUGGAAGGGGUUCACGAGUAGGGAACCAGAGCGGCAAUGCACAUAACGCAACGCUCGUCGGAGGAGGGGGUGCCAGCGCAGCCACUUCGACCACUACACAGCUUGCUGAACAAACCAUUACUCAACAGGUCACUGAAAAGGUCACUGUGACCGAAGCUGUCCCUGCCGAAUCCCAGACUGUGCCCGCUGCUGAGGGGACCGGCAACUUGACUGGCGAACACACUCCAGCUGCACCAAUAGCGCCUAACAUCAUUGCAUCGAGCGCCGAUAGUAUCAAUCAUACCACGACCCUCUCGGCUGGCCCAUCAGCUCUUCCAGGUCAAGACCAACAUGUAUCGCCAUCUGCCGGGCUUGACCCCUCUUCUUUCGUAUUUGCCCCGGGAAGUCCAGGAGCCGUCGCAGAAACGAGCGCGAUACCUACGCACACCAGUCCAGCGGCCAUUCUCCAAACGUCCUCCCAUGCCGGAGCAGCACUUGAGCCACAAAGUCACGGGGUGCCCUUAGCAGUCGUGCCACUUCCCGGAGGACCCUCGACCGCAAUCGUCGGAGCACCCUCUGCUGUAUUCACCUUCGCUUCUACGGGAGCAGGGGCUACGACUCAUCCAGUCCAAGGAACACAGCAGGCGCAAGCGCAACCAGCACCUCCUACAAUGCCUGAAGCACUUCCUCCCGCCUUUUCACUCGCGCCAGAUGCCGCCGUGCCCAGCGCCCCAAGUUCUGCAGCUCCCGCUCCACCUCCAGCACAACCCGGCGGCGAAGUCUGCGCUUGCCAAUGCACGUGCUCCGUCGACUCGUUCCAGGCGUCUCCACCUCCACCUCCCCCACCCGUGGCGGCCGCAGGCGGCCUAGUCCCGUCAACAUUCGGGUCGACAGGCUCUCUGAGUGCGUCCACACUAGCAGCUCCGCCGCCUGUUUCGUUCGCUGUCGCUUCGUCUGCGUCGGCACCCACGGAGGGUCCGCUGGCGCCGCAGACUCCGUCAACCGCUUCGAUACCACAGCCGACGGUAGGCGAGGCGGCGGGAACAGGCCCUCGCGUGGAUGGCGUUUCAUCCAUACCGCCGUCACCGGCUCCUUCGGAAGCAGCACCAACACCAGUGGUUUCUAGUCCCCCGGAAGCCGCAUCGACUGUUAAUCCAAAGGGCGCACCUGAUGCCCUGACUGGGGAGAUAGUGCCUCCAGGGACCGGGGUAUCCUCCGGCGCAAUACCAUCUGGAGCGGGCGCACAAUCCGCGAUAGAUCUAGCAUUGACUCGGCUGCCAUUCGAUAUCCAGUCGAUCUCAUUUGCAGAUGUAGUGACGGUGCCGUUGCUAGGUAGAGGAGCGGUCCCGACCGGACCACCGUAGGAAUGGCUAUAUACGACCUGGAGUUGUUUCGCUUCUUUAGAUAUCAAUUUCAAACGAACAAU